AUGAAGAUUUACGUGAUCUUGUCCUUCCCACCCAAUGUGUUACAAGGUCGGGUGCAUCCCAUGCCAGUGACUGCUGCAUUUCUCCUGGAUCCUGCACGCAAUGGUAAGAUCUACGGCAUCACAGGUCCGUCCCCACUUGCGUCUUUGGAGGGGUUUGACAUCAUGAAUCAACUACCCCCAGAUUCCAUGCAUGAUGUCCUGGAAGGUGGGAUUGCAGUUGUGGUCAAGGCCGUACUGAAGGGUCUCGUAGAUUCAAAGGUUAUCAAGAAAGACGACUUGAAUCGCAUUGCUCAGUUUUCCUACGGACAACAUGACAAGAAGUCGAAGCCUGUGUUUGAUCCCGACAAGUUUUUGGCUCCAUCUGGCAACUUGAAGGGGACCGCUUCCCAGAAAUUGUGCCUUUUGCGACUGUUGCCUCAGAUUCUUGGAGACUUGAUUCCACAGAAUGAUAGCAACUGGAAUGUGUACACAGCGUAUCGGCACAUUGUGGGCAUAAUUCUCUCGGAUACAAUGCCAAGGGACUGUGCUGCAUACCUCGAAGUAAAGGUCUCGGAGUUUCUCCGCCUCUUCACAGAGCAGUAUCCAGACAAAUCCCUGACCCCAAAGCUACACUACCUCCUACACUACCCCAAGUAUAUCUUAGAAUUUGGACCACCCCGCAGAUACUGGGGAAUGAGGUUUGAAGCCAAACAUUCUUAUUUUAAAGGACUGGCAUCAAAAGUAAAAAACCACAAGAACAUCUGCAAGACCUUGUGUCAGAGGCACCAACUCCUGCAGGCGUACCAGAUAUCUUCUGCUACACUGAGUCAGCCUAUUGAUGUGUCUGGAGUGGCCGUCGUGAAAACCGCAUCACUUCCUGAGGAAUUUGUGGUUUUGCUUCCCCAAGGUUUGAGAGAAUUGGAUUCUCUGAGCUCUGUCAAGACAGCUGCUUUCAACAACUGCAGCUACAGGGUUGGCGAUGGAUUUGUUCACUCAGUCGAUGAGGGCAACCCUAGUUUUGCGGAAGUGCAUGGUCUUUUCGUUGCCAGUGGAACGUUGAUCAUAAUGGCAAAAAAGCUCGCCACUGUUGAAGUUUCAAAACACAGAUGUUCCUACAUCGUCCUGCGUCGUGAUGAUGCAAUGUGUGUAAUACCGAACUUCCAAUUUGACUAUUAUCCACUGGACUUUUACCCGUACGGCAGUUUUCUCGAGGUUGUGCCUCAUUACGAUAUAUUUGUGUAA